AUGAUUUUCUGCUGUUAUCACUCUUACUGGCCGUUACAAGAUUUUCAAUCAUGCAGGUAUUCAGCCAACAACAACAACCAAGCCAACAACAACAACCAUGCCAACAACAACAACUAUGCCAACAACAACAACCAUGCCAGCAACAACAACAACAACCAUGCCAACAACAACAACCAUGCCAACAACAACAAUGCCAACAACAACAACAACCAUGCCAACAACAACCAUGCCAACAACAACAACAACACAAAAACAAUAAUAAUAUCACUAACAACAACGAAAACAUCAACGACAUUUCAUAGAGAGCUGAAAUUCAGAAUAGACAUAAACAACUACGCAGUUAGGUCUGUAACAUCUCUUCAUAGGCCGUUCAUAGCUGCAUCUGGUACUUCCAAAUCGAAAGUACACUUUAGUACACCGAGAAACUUUACAUACGUACACACGGAGUGGACAAAGACACAAGCCUGCUACAAGGACUUGAUGACCAAGUGCCAGUCUGACCAGCAGGCCGUCAGUGAACUUGAAAGCCAUCUUGGCCGAUACUCUGUCUACUCGAAACCCUGCCUUGACCCAAAUCUCAGGUGUGUAAGUAGGUCAGCGGGUAAUGGGUCAGUUUAUGGCGGUAAAGUAGGCAUUGGAAAACUCAUUUUUGUUUGA